AUCCAUAUAGCCACUAACUCAGCCAUCCGGGGUCCCGACUCACCCAAUCUCAACUCGGAAAAAGGUGCUCCACAACAAGCCCGACGAACCGUUAUCCAAAUUACAAACGUACAAACCUCUAGUGUUCAAAUCCGAUCCGACCCGACUAACAGAAGUAGAAGAAUCGGCUAUAUUGCCCACUCACCGAGUUAUUGACUAUUUUUUGAAUUGAGUUUAAUCGCCUGGCGAUUUAAACCUUACGUUGUUUCAUUUUCCCCCAACGUUCAACUCUCCGAUCAAAAAAGACGCAACCACGGCGAGAAAAAAGAGAGAAAGCCUGUUCUCAGAGAUGUCUUCCGGCAAGAAUCCUGUGCUGCCGAUAUCCGAUCCUCCGGCCGACGAGGAGACGGAGAGGCUUCUCAAGAGCGAAGAGAAAAUCUUCAAAGGGUCCUCCAUGACCAAACGAGGAGCAUAUGCUGCUGUCUCUUACAUGGCUUGUGCAGUGCUAUUGGUUAUGUUCAACAAGGCAGCACUUUCUUCUUAUAACUUCCCAUGUGCAAAUGUCAUCACACUCUUUCAGAUGAUAUGUUCAUGCUGUUUUCUCUAUGUUUUGAGAUGCUGGAAGUUAAUUUCAUUCACAGCGAUUGAACCUUUGACAACUUCUGAUAAUUCAUUUGUACCAUUAAGGACAGUGAGGCACACGCUUCCUCUUUCAGGAUCCUAUUUGCUUUACAUGCUAGUCACUAUGGAGUCUGUCCGUGGAGUAAAUGUUCCGAUGUACACCACCCUUAGGAGGACAACAGUAGUAUUCACUAUGAUAAUGGAGUUCAUUUUGGCUGGGCAGAGAUAUACAUCUCCUAUUGUAGGAAGUGUUGGAUUGAUUGUUCUUGGUGCAUUUAUUGCUGGCGCUCGAGACUUGUCAUUUGAAGCCUAUGGGUAUACUGUUGUUCUCUUAUCCAACAUCGCUACUGCAAUAUAUCUUGCAAUGAUAGCCCGUAUUGGGAAAACCAGUGGUCUUAAUAGCUUUGGCCUUAUGUGGUGCAAUGGAAUUGUAUGCGGACCAAUUUUGCUGUUCUGGACUUUUAUUUGUGGUGACUUGAAGAGGACAAUCAAUUUUCCUUAUCUGCUUUCACCUGGUUUUAUGGCUGUGUUGCUUUGUUCCUGUAUACUGGCUUUCUUCUUGAACUACUGUAUAUUCCUAAAUACGACGCUAAACUCAGCAGUGACACAGACAAUCUGUGGUAAUUUGAAGGAUUUUUUUACCAUUGGAUUUGGCUGGUUACUGUUUGGUGGGCUUCCCUUUGACAUUCUGAAUGUUGUUGGUCAAAUUCUUGGUUUCCUCGGCUCCGGGUUGUAUGCGUACUAUAAGCUCACAGGGCAUUGAAUUCUUGAGCAUGGUUAAUUUUUUUCGUCAGAGAUUAUGUGUUGCGGCCAUUGUUUUUCCUUCCAAUUUUAAUUGGCAAGUUACUUUUAGGGGUUCUUGAAAGUUGAUGAUCCCUAUUAAGACAGAAGAUUUCUGCUCAAGGAGAGACAUUGCUUGCCCUACUUUUGCAGGGCAUGCAGGCCUGCUUCUUUGUCUCUGUUUUACUUCUAAUCGUCAGGUAGUUGCAAAGCCAAUUAUUGCGUUAUACAUGUUAUUCUCCAUUUGGCCAAUGGAUUUUUGGUCCUUUAGAAUGCCAUUGACAUGGAAUGCUAUACUAUUAACUGUUGGUUGUUAGAAUCAUUUACUAAAAUAUAGAAAGAAAUAAAAAAUUAACAUGUUAAUAUCA